UUUGUACCUUGGCCAGGAUGCUUCCCAGGCCGCUGCUUUAUCUGAUCGGGAUUCAAUGCCUAAUGUAGGAAGACUCUGUUCUGUGUCCUAAAGGGAGAGAAAGACACUCUUCCAGAAGACAGCAUGUGGUGUCCAGUUAGACCGGGUGGAUAUCCCAGCAGGACCUACUGGCACCAGUCACUGACUGUUAUCGAGUACUACAUGAACUGUCCGGUUCAUAAACGGAAUCGUUGCACUACCUGACCUCCAAGCAUAUGCACGAUAACUCAAAAAAAAAAAAAGUGCACGUUUGCUGAACUGGUUUCUGCCAGUGACAAGGCCAGUGUAACACAGAUUACUCUUUACAUCUGAAGAAAUGGACAGCAGCAGUUUCAUUCAGUUUGAUGUGCCGGAGUACAGCAACACUGUUCUGAGCCAGUUAAACGAACUGCGCUUGCAAGGGAAGCUCUGUGACAUAAUUGUGCACAUCCAGGGCCAGCCGUUCCGUGCCCAUAAAGCUGUCCUAGCUGCCAGCUCUCCGUACUUCCGUGACCAUUCAGCAUUAAGCACCAUGAGUGGCCUAUCUAUAUCAGUUAUUAAAAACCCCAAUGUUUUUGAACAGUUGCUUUCUUUUUGUUACACUGGGAGGAUGUCCUUGCAACUGAAGGACGUUGUCAGUUUUCUGACUGCAGCUAGUUUUCUGCAGAUGCAGUGCGUCAUUGACAAGUGCACGCAAAUACUGGAGAGUAUCCAUUCAAAGAUCAGUGUCGGUGAUGUUGAUUCUGUCACUGUUGGUGCCGAAGAAAAUCCAGAGAAUCGCAAUGGCGUUAAAGACAGCAGCUACUUUGCCAACCCUAUUGAGAUAUCUCCACCCUAUUGCUCUCAGGUGCGACAGUCAACAGCAGGCAGCGAUCUUCGGGUGGAAACCACUCCAGGCAAAACUCUUCGUGGUCGUCUGCAAGAAGAAGGGCAUUCAGACCGAGGGAGCAGCGGAAGUAUCUCUGAAUAUGAGAUUCAGAUUGAAGGUGAUCAUGAGCAAGGAGACCUGAUAGUGAGGGAAAGUCAGAUUGCAGAGGUAAAAGUUAAGAUGGAAAAGUCUGACAGGCCAAGCUACUCUGAUAGCUCUUCCCUUGGUGAUGAUGGAUAUCACACCGAAAUGGUGGAUGGAGAGCAGGUGGUGGCAGUAAACGUUGGUUCCUAUGGGUCUGUCUUACAACAUGUUUAUUCAUUUACCCAUGCCUCAUCUCAGGCUACCGGUGUGUCAGAAGCCUUUGGAAGCCUGAGCAAUACAAGUCCUUCAAGGUCCAUGCUGAGCUGUUUCAGAGGGGGUCGUGCACGCCAGAAACGAGUACCUGCGGGUCACUUGCACGGUGAUGUCCAGGGCUUGGGGCCAGGGGCUGACAGUGAAUCCGUGGUGAGUAAUCCAGGAUAUGAGAACAGUCCGCGGGAAAGAAACGCACGAGGUCAUUGGUAUCCAUACAAUGAGAGGCUCAUUUGUAUUUACUGUGGCAAGUCUUUCAACCAGAAAGGGAGCCUUGAUCGACAUAUGCGAUUGCACAUGGGAAUAACUCCUUUUGUGUGCAAGUUUUGUGGGAAGAAAUACACCCGUAAGGACCAACUUGAGUAUCACAUUCGUGGUCACACAGAUGACAAACCCUUUCGCUGUGAGAUCUGUGGAAAAUGUUUUCCUUUCCAGGGUACACUAAACCAGCACUUGCGAAAAAACCACCCGGGGGUUACAGAAGUGAGAAACAGGGUUGAGUCUCCAGACAGAACAGAAGCGUUUGUGGAACAGAAAGUAGAUAAUGAUGCUUCAGCUUCUGAAGCCAUGGAUUCUGGUAUGGAAAUUCAUGCGAUGUCUAACACAUCUGAUUAAAAUCUUACAUCUAAGUGAAACACAAGACAAGCACAUUACUAAUGUAUUUUUAAAGUAUUUUAUUAUUUUGAUGAUCUUCAGUACAAAUGUAACAACAGCCUUUUAAUUUUCCUGACUUUCUGGAAAUCAGUUAGAAAUGGUUUCUGGAGAAGAUUUCAGAAGUGUUCUCUGUUCUUUAUUCAGAAGUUUUUGAAGGAGGCUGAAUUGUUUGGAGUUUGUUUUUUUUUUAUUUGAAAAUGCUCAGAAUACAAAGACAGUGUACUUGGGAAAGGCUAGGAAGAGUCUUCUGAAGUGUCCCUGCUGAUUGAUCUGGUGAGACACAAAUGCCAGUGCAGAAGGAUGUUAGAAUAAGAUUGGCAGCUCUGCUGAAUGCUCAAAGAAGCUGUAAUUUCCUUUAUUUCUUAAAUCCUGUUGCUGGUAAUGUGUUACACAGCAGUGGAGAGAGAGCAUAUUACAGCUUUGAUUCCUCUUCUGUCACAAUGAAAUCUGUUCACUCUUACUAACUGGUUUUGGUAGUGAGUCUGUUUAUAUAUAUAAAUUUGCUUUAUAUAUAUAAAGUGCUUUCACUUUCCCUCUUCUGGUUGAGGUGAAUGUAGAAGUAUGUCAAGGCUAAUACCAUAUGCCACUCUGUCAACUGUUAGGACCCCUCUCUGCUUAGGGUUUAGAACUUUGGAUUUUGGGAGGAUGGUUUUGGUUUUAAAUGAAUGUUGUUUGGUUUUCAUUUUAUUAAACUGUUCGUGUGCAAAAGUGAGCAAAGUGAAUUAUCUUAAUAGCUUUGCUUUAUGACAUAUGUAAACCAAAUGCCAUAAAUAUAUUAAACUAUGGUUAAAUUGUUGAAAGGUUUUGUUAGUUGUCUAGAAUGCAAGCUGGACAACC